AUGAUCUUCAGUAAAAGGGAUGUUAACACUGUUCAGAUGAUAAUGGAUGGAUUGGCGGAGUUCAGUUCCCUUUCUGGCCUCAAUCCCAAUCCUAGCAAGAGCAACAUUUUUUUCUCUGGCUGUAAUCAGGAGCUGAGGGCUAGUAUUCUUAAUGUUGCCUCUUUUACUGAGGGGACUUUACCUGUCAAAUACCUUGGAGUGCCCCUCAUCACCACUAAAUUGAGAGCGUCUGAUUGUAAACAACUUGUUGACAGGAUCACUAAAAGGAUUAAUAGUUGGACCAAUAAACUUCUCUCUUAUGCUGGUCGGGCCCAACUCAUCCAGACUAUCUUGUUUUCUAUGCAAGUUUUUUGGUCUUCUCUUUUCAUUUUACCUAAGAAAGUUAUUAAGGAGAUUGAAAGUCUUCUUAGAUCCUUUCUUUGGUCUAGUACUGAUCUUAGGAAGCAUGGCCCUCUUUGGGAUAGAUAUGGUGACAGAAUCAUGUAUGACUCUGGUUUAAAUGGUGAUUCCAAAGUGAGUCAAAUAAUUGUUGGGGGUCUUUGGAAGUGGCCUUUUCCAAGCUCUUGGGACCUUAGGAAACUAACCUCCCAAACCCCUAACAAUUGUCUUCCUAAUCCUUUAGAGGUGGACAAAACUGUCUGGUCUUUAAACACUGAUGGUGUGUUCACUAUUAAAUCUGUUUGGGAGUUGUGGAGAAAUAAACAGGAUACUGUACCUUAG